AUGACCUUAAAGCGGCCUCGGAGUAUUUAUACGGAGGAUAUUAUGGCUAAUGCGAUAAUUGAUGUCACAAAAAACGGCUUGUCGCAGUACCGCGCCGCCCAAAAGUAUGACAUACCUCAGCAGUCUAUUUCCGACAGACUCAAAGGCCAGGUAGCCCUGGCUGAUCAGAUCCAGCCUCGUCAACUCUUGAGUAAGUCUCAGGAAGCUCGCUUGGUUUCUUGGAUCCUCCGCCAAGAGUCUCUCGGCUAUGCUCCCUCCCACAGUCAGAUCCGCGCAUGUGUGGAGGCUCUUAUGAAGCAACUGAACAACGAGCGGACAGUGGGGCGCAACUGGGUCUCUAAAUUCAUCAAUCGCCAUCCGGACAUCAAGAACAAGCGUGGGAGACGUCAGAAGCUAACCGAUUUAAUGCUUUUACGCCUCGUGCGGUUCACUGGUUCUUCGAUAUCAGGAAAAGGAAUGGACAUGGAAGUCAUGCAACGAGACGUCUCCAAAGUCCGCGCCAUUUUGGGUUCUGAUGAUACGCCAAGAAACAGCCGCCAGAUUCGCGAUUUCGGAAAGAACAAGACUCCUGGCACCCGGAGACGAUACGCCGUGAUAGCUAGAGGCUUUGAAGCCCAAGAACAGACGCUUGCCGAGCACAGCAACAGAAUCGCGAAGCUAGAGGAAGAAGUGGCCCGGCUGCAGAGAGGCAAGAAGAGGAGAGCACCGAACCCGAACAGACGGUUCAUGACUCUCAGUGAAGCUUUGGUGGCUGAGGAAGCCAUUCCCCAAAUUAAAAGCCAAGAGAUAGCCGUUGUGCUGAAUUCUGACACAGAGGAGGAGGCGGUCUCAGAGGUGGAGACAGCUUCAGUGAUCGAAGUCAAGGUGGCACCGAAGCCCUUCCAGUCACCACCAGAUCCGGGCGAAUGGUAA